CUGAGCAUCAGUCGGAACAACAAAGGAUGUGUGGAUGAAGACUUCACGUCUCGCCGUGCAACAUUUCAAGCACGAAACGGCUCACCUACUGGAUUCGGAACCUAUCAUGCGUACGUUGAUCUGGAGAGUACCUUAUCUUUAUUGAACAGCAAUAUCCGUACGGGAGAGGGAGAUUCAUCCUAACAGGAGCUGCAUCAGAUUCAGGCUGCGCCGCUAUGCCCGCGCUGAACAGCGGUGAGGAGGGCGUCAGUUCUUGUGAUUGUGUGCCUGUAUCAUGAUAUGAAAACAAAGCAGUCCCUAUUGGACUCACAAUGGAUGUAUAACUCAUAGCAAGUCAUGUUUUACGCGGACCUUUGCGCAGUGCAGUGAAUGCUUUUCAGCGCAAUGGUGUUUUGGUUUGCGAAUGGAGUGGAAUGCGAAUUGCAGUGUUACCUAAUCAUUCUGUAUAAGAUCUCGCAUACUCUGUUAAUAUUCCGUUAAGGACAUCACCUUAUUACCUAACACCGUUCAUUUGUUUUCCCAUGUGAGACGCUUGUUACACGAGUGGUGCACGCACGCCACUCUCUUGUCACACACAAGCUAGAUGAGAGGCAAACAGUAUCCGCAACUUAAGUUAACUGCGCCCUGGGAGAAGGAUGGCGGUUACGGACGGAAGCUCAAAACCUACAACAACCACACCAAAAUAAUAGCUCAGCCGGGCAUCGUGAUGAAAGUCCUGCGCAGGAAGCGCAUAGUGCUCUUCAUCGCCUAUUUCCUGCUGCUGGUGCUCACCAUGCUGAACUUGGCCAACUACAAAUGGACUAAGGAGCCCCAGCAGUGCAGCAGCCACCAGAUGCGGAGCACCACCUACCACCAGAGCCGCUCAGACAUUCGCUUCCUCUACAGACCACCGUUGGCCAAGAAGAGGCAGCUGGUCUAUGUUCUGACUACCUGGAGGUCUGGCUCCUCGUUUUUCGGUGAGCUCUUCAACCAGAACCCGGAUGUGUUUUUCCUGUACGAGCCCAUGUGGCACAUAUGGCAGAAACUGUACCCGGGGGACGCUGUGUCUCUCCAGGGGGCGGCACGGGACAUGCUCAGCUCGCUGUACCGCUGUGACCUGUCUGUCUUCCAGCUGUACAACAGCCCCGGCGGUAAGAACUUCACCUCGCUGGGCCUGUUUGGCGCCACGCUCAACAAGGUGAUGUGCUCCUACCCGCUCUGCUCCGCCUACCGCAAGGAGGUGGUGGGCAUGGUGGACGACAAGGUCUGCAAGAAGUGCCCACCGCAGAGCCUGCGUCUGCUGGAGGAGGAGUGCCUCAAGUACAACACCAUCGUCAUCAAAGGAGUCCGCAUCCUGGACGUCAACGUGCUGGCGCCGCUCAUGGAGGACCCCUCCCUGGACCUGAAGGUGAUCCACCUGGUGCGGGACCCGCGGGCCGUGGCCAACUCCCGCAUCAAGUCGCGGCACGGGCUGAUCCGGGAGAACCUGCAGGUGGUGCGCAGCCGUGACCCCAAGCUGCGGCGCGUGCCCUUCGUGGACCCCGGCGGCGGAGGCCACAAGGCCAACAAGAAGGACGGCUCCGACUACCACUCCAUCGGGGCCAUGGAGGUGAUCUGCGACCGCACCUCGCGGACGCUGCGGACUGCCAUGACGCCGCCCGGCUGGCUCAAGGGGAAGUACAUGGCCGUGCGCUACGAAGACCUGGUGGAGAGCCCGGUCAAGACCCUCCGGGCCGUCUACCGCUUCGCCAACCUCAGCGCCAGCCACGACGUCGAGUCCUUCGCCCUCAACAUGACGAGCGGCAGCAGCUCCUCGUCCAAGCCCUUCAUCGUGUCGUCCAGAAACGCCACGCAGGCCGCCAGCGCCUGGAGGAGCGUGCUGAGCAUCCAGCAGAUCAAGCAGGUGGAGGACUACUGCCACCACUCCAUGGGCGUGCUGGGCUACGAGCGCGUGCGGACGGCCGGCGAGGCCAAGGACCUGAGCAAAUCCUUACUAACUGCCUCAAAACUGUGAUUGAUUGAUUGAUUGAUUGAUUGAUUGAUUGAUUGAUUGAUUGAUUGAUUGAUUGAUGGGGGACAUGUCACAUGACAUAAGAUCAUAAGGGAUCAGCGCCAAAGCCUGUUCAGCUGGUAAUCAGCUGUGAAUUGUUUGCAUCGUGUGUGCCGACUUAAAAAAAAAAACACGUGGAGCCAGAGCUUUAUUUAAGAAAAAAGGUGUUUUGAAAUGAGCAUUAUGACUCAUUGUACUGGAAUGUCUGUCUGUUCCUGUUUUAGAGUUUAUGUUCAGUGAGAAAAAAAUGCCUAUUUUUUCAAAAAAAAUUGGACAAAUUGUGUGUAUGUGACUAAGAGAGAGAGAGAGAGAGGCCUGUAGGCAGAUUUUCUGAGCUCUGGAAACAGCCCUGCCUGGACCGGUGAUCUGAGGGCAGUUAUUACACAUCCUGCUUUUUAGUUAGUCCGUGGAUGGAUGUAAAGUGUUAUCAUGAAUGUUCAAAAAAAAUCUGCAAUAUGUCUGCUAUCAUCAUCCUCCAACUUCACUCCAUAUUCCCUGUAAAUGUGACAACUGUUGGUACAAAAAAAUAACAAACUACCAAGUCAAUGACGAGUGAAUUACAAGUCAAUUACACUAGAAGUCUACACUAGAAGUCUAACGACAGUACAGUAAGUGUAAAAAAAGCUCUGCGGUAGAGCUGCCAGUGUAAAUGUGUCACAACUGGGAGACAAUCAUUAAAGUUGUCUGUUACAAUUUUA